AUGGAGGAGGCUGGUCCCGGGGCCGCCGACCCGCAGAGCCCGGCUGGUGGCGAGGGGGGCAGGCCGCAUGCUCCCCAGGACCAGAAGGGGGACGGGACCUUUUCCUCCCCCGUCCUAGACUUGAGCCAGAGGGGGCUACACCACUUAAGAAACAUCUUCCAAGGUUUCAACCUCAAACAGCUGCAUCUUCAGAGGAAUGUCCUGUGCGCCCUCCCCAAGGACUUCUUCCAGCUGCUGCCCGUCCUGGUUUGGCUGGACCUGCGCUUCAACCGGAUCCGGGCACUGCCCCCUGGCAUCGGUGCUCACAGGCACCUGAGGACUCUGCUCCUUGAGAGCAACCCCAUCAAGGCCCUGCCGCUGGAGCUGGGGAACGUGAGGACCCUGACGUCCCUGAACCUGAGACUCUGCCCCUUGGAGUUCCCACCCCAGCUCAUCCUGCAGAGGGGCCCGGCCGCCGUCCUGAACUUCCUUCGCUUCUGUGCCCAGGGCGGCCCCCGCGGCCCCCCACGGCCCCCACCAGUGAAUCAAAGCGCCCGGCUCUGGGCGCUGGAGGACCCCCUGCUGAGCCCGAACCGAUCCGGGGAGCGUCAGCAGAGUCGGGGGGACAAAGGGCUGCAGCCCCCCGCGCCCCGAGAGAAGGGCGACCUCCUCCCGCCCGGAGACAAGCAGGACCAGCGCGGGCUCCAGGCCUCCGCCGACCGCCCGGACCGGUGGCUGAUGACGGCGGAGAUCAGGCGCUUCUGGAAGGUGAGGCAGGAGAUCGUGCAGAACCAGCAGGCGGGGGCACCGCACCGGCGGCUCCUGGCCACGGAGCUGCCGCCCAACCUCCAGGCAGCCCUGAGCUCCAGGGAGCCGAGCCCGGACCCCGCGCCCCUUCUCAGGGAGAAGCAGGCAGUGAAGAGGGAAGCGGAGUCCCCAACCCUCCUGCCCCUGCACCAAGGCCUGGUGCCAGCCAAGGUCCCCCCUGUCAGGGGCGUCCUGGGUCCCAAGAACACCCUGAGCUGCAGUCCCUGGAGGGCCAGCAUGGGCCAGGCACUGCGCACGUGCGUGGGAACCAGCUCACUCCAAGAGGUGCCCAGUGGGGAAAGGUCACAGCAGCGCUGGCCGUGGAAGCAGGAGAGGAGACAGUGCUUCCGGGGUACUGAGACGCUAGCGCAGGUGCGCCAGGCAGCCCAGGACUGGGGGAUCAUGAGCGAUGGUGGGGUGCCCCAAGAGGACGCCCUGAAGCUCAAGGUGGGGGCGCCCUUGCCCAGGAGCCGGCCCUUCCCGACGCUCACCGCCAGCUUCUCGCGGCACCCACAGAAUAUAUUUUUUAACACAAAGGCAUUUUACGGAUCUGAAGGCUGGCGCGGCCGGCCCGGGGCGGGGGCAGGGCCUGGGCGGCACCUGGCCCGCAGGAAGGUGACAGCGGAGAUGCGAUGCCCCGGCCCGCCCAAGGCCCAGCGCGCGGCGUGGCCGGAGGCGCGGGCGCGGGCGGCCGGCGGCGGCGGCGGCGGCGGCGGCGGCGAGGCGAGAGCGAGGAGCGCGGAGCGCGCGCGGCCGGAGCCCCGGCCAGGCCCGGCCCGACCGCGGCCCGCGAUGCGCCCCGGGGCCGCCCCCCGGCGCCGCUGA